UUUGAAUGGCUCGUUUCAUCAGUGCAUCAACUUUCGUUUGUUUUUUGGACGCGCCUCGCGUUAUUUGUUCUUGCAUUGUCAUUAGAGCCGUGUAAGGUCAUCACGUAAGCACCCGUCACUACGUUAUGGCGUCUGACCGUGUGCUCAUCACCACCUGCGGCGAGAAAUUCGAGGCCUCCCGCGAAGCGCUGCGCAGUUGCUCUCGCUACUUUGAUGCCAUGUUCGCGUCGGGCAUGAAAGAGUCCUCGUGUGACGAGAUAGAAAUGCGAGACAUAGAACCGGAGACCUUGAGGGCUCUUAUCGACGUCUCCGAGGGUCGUCCUGUGAAGGUGUCGAGCGACAACGUCGACCGCCUCUUGAAGGCCGGCUGCGUCUUCCAGUUCGAACACCUCCGCAAGGACUGCACGGAGCACCUGCUACACAGUGUAUGCCUCGACAACGCCGUCGAAACGUGGCGUAAGGGGGACGCCUUCGGCGUCGGGCAGCUACGUCGAGCCGCCCUGGUGACGCUCCUUUGGCAAUUCGAAGACUUCGUGGGGCACGAGACUCUGGCUAUGCCCUACGCUCUGGUCGAGUGCCUACUCUCCAAGGACUCGCUGAACGCCUCCAGCGAGGAAGUCGUACGGGACGCGGCGGAGAAGUGGUUAACUUGCAACGCGGUCUUCUGUACUGCCGACGAAGUGAUAGCAGUCGCGUCCUGCGUCAGACGCGUUCAGCUGCACGAGCAGGCGUCGAUGCUGUGGUGCUCCUUCGUCGAUUCACUCCUUGCCGGUGACGAGGACUCGUUGGAACGCUGGCGCGAAGUCUUGCGAGGUGGCGAGACGGCAACACCGCGACUACAGGUCGUGAGACCUGGCGUCGUAGUGUCCUGGCUCUGUCGGCAGUCUCCCGAAGUUCCCAACUUGUGCGUGUACGUGCCCAAGAGGAGCGACGCGGACGCCUUCUCGUUUCACUCGGCGUUGCCGACGUCUAGUCGACCUGAGCCCCUUCGAGGAUUUGUCGUGUGCUCCGUCGGGAAAGACGCCUACUUCCUCUGUGGCGAAUACGGAAUUGGAUCUGGCCACUGGAACUCCGCUGUGUACCGUUGGAACCACGUCUUGUCGAAGUGGGUUAGUGUUGCCACUUUACCAGAACCGAGGAGGCACUGUAAGACGGUUGUCGUGGGAAACUCGAUCCACCUGUACGGUGGGUUCGGCAGGUACAGGGUGCGGCUGUUCAGCGUUGACAUCUACGACACAAACACCGGCUUGUGGCAUCGGGGUGAAGCUCUCCCGGAGGAAGUUGCCAUCGAUGCCAGUGCCAUCGUGAACCUGAACAACCGAGUGUGCAUCAUCCCAACAUGCCCAGCGAGCAGUAUCGAAACAGUUCGCGCGGUGUUCCUCUCAGUAUUCACGUUCACAACCUCUGAAGUCGUCGCCAUUCCGUUUAGUAGUCACAAGACGGUCAUCGUGUGCAAGGGUGCCGACAGCUGGUACACGUUCCACGAGCCGCGGACCUUCUCGGAAUACGCGAAUCCAAAGAUAUCGCUGCGGUCCCUCCUCUGUGGCUGUGCCCUGGGCGAUGGAGUCGGCUUCUUUAUGGAGAAUGGGAGGACGGCGGUGUUGCACAAUUUCGAUACGGACAAGCAGCACAGACUGGCCACUGGCUUCGGAGAUCACAUGUUGGUAGAGUGCUGCUUUGGACUACCCUAUUUCGACUUGAGCGAGAGAGUUUGUGCAGAUAAGUAACUGUUUACUUUUGCUACAAAUCGGUAUGUGCUUCAAAGAGGAGAAUGGACCGCGUUAACCUGACCUGUGAUCUCCUCGAUACAUUCACUC